UAUCAGCCGUUCGUUCAUGAUUGAAUGGGAUCGCGCUUGUGUAUAUAAACGAACACCAGCCCCGGUUCUUCUUCGAGGUAGGGUUUUGUCUGGUGCUCUCGCUGUCGACUGCGCCCUUUCUCGCCAAGUUGAUAAGGAUGGUGAAAGUAAGUGUCCUAAAUGAUGCUCUCAAGAGCAUGUACAAUGCAGAGAAGCGCGGAAAGAGGCAGGUCAUGAUCAGACCCUCCUCAAAAGUGAUAAUAAAGUUUCUCCUUGUCAUGCAGAAGCAUGGCUACAUUGGUGAGUUUGAGUAUGUUGAUGAUCACCGUGCUGGUAAAAUUGUUGUUGAGUUGAAUGGCAGGUUGAACAAAUGUGGGGUUAUUAGCCCUCGUUUUGAUGUGGGUGUUAAAGAAAUUGAGUCUUGGACUGCUAGGCUGCUUCCAUCACGGCAGUUUGGUUACAUUGUGCUGACUACAUCUGCUGGUAUCAUGGAUCACGAAGAAGCAAGGAGAAAGAAUGCUGGUGGAAAAGUACUUGGGUUCUUCUACUAGGUCGGUUCUGUAUUAUCUGCACUUGGAAAAAUGGAAAUUCGUGUUUUCUCAGUCCUUGUCAAAUUUUGAGUGAUGUAUCGUUCCCAUUCAUGCUUUUACAUUAGGGUUUCUACUCCGUUGAAUUACUUGAAACUUGUUUCCAUUUUUAAAAGAUAAUGACUUUCCAUCAAUGCUUUAAGAUAUCUUGGGCUAUUGUUUCUUA